AUGCGUAAAACGAUUUUCCAGCAGAAUAAGUGUUCUUUUGAUGUGGGCUCGUGGGCACAUCUGGCGUCCGAGAUAGACAUCAUCCCAAAGGCCCCCUCACCAGCAGACCUGAGCUUCUUCCAACCCAGUGCCACAUUCGAAGUCACUAACUUUUCAGCUUUCUACAACCGGUACGCAGAUCCGACUCUAGAGACCGACGACAACGAGUUCAGCUGUCUCGUGUUCACCCUCGAGUUCAGCCGACAGCCGACCUACUUCGUCAUGAAUGUGAUCAUGCCCUCGGUCCUCAUCAACUGUCUCUGCGUGCUCAACUUCGGAGUGCCCCAUGAGACGGGGGAGAAAGUGGGCUACGGCAUCACUGUGUUCCUCGCCCAGAGUGUGAACUUGAUGGUCGUGUCUGAAAUGAUGCCUCAGGGCGGGACCUCCCUUCUUGGAAUUUUCCUUGUCUGCUCGAUUCUCCUGAUAGGACUGUCUCUAACCAUGCAAAUAUUCUCCCUCUCCUGCUACCACGGGUCAAAGAACAAACGCGCUUCCAAGUUCACAAGGUUCUUUCUUUAUAAGGUCAACAGACUACUCGGUCCUAAAUUAUACCCGAUUACGCAACAGACACGUGACCCAUAUGUGAACAUGUACCGAAUGGAAAGUUCCCCGACUCACAAAAACGUCGGCAGAACUUACUCGUCCGAGUACUACGGAAACUACAAUCUCGGCGGCAAUGAAGUCCACCCGGCAAGUACUGAGUUAGAGCCGAGAGCUAAGCUGGGACAAUUUUCCGAGAAGAUUUUGUACGAAAGUAAUGAGAGUUCGUUUAUUAAGAACAGCUCAGAGUAUACGAACGGGAAACUACUCAACGCAAACUCAAAUAAUGCAUACUCGAUUGACGACCGAACGAAUUCCGGUACGACGUUUAAAAACCGAACAAAUUCCAUGCAAAUACCGUCGAUUCUCGAGGACCGAGUGGUAAAUGAAGGUGGAAACGCAGAUUUCUUAUUCGAGACGGCCCAAAAUCAGAACGAAGUUUCGGCUUUUGGUCAGAAUAUAUCGGACUGGGGAGGCGAUCUGAUUAAUAACGAAGCUUUUAUAAUUGACGAGUGGAAAUUCCUGGCAGAAACGCUCAACCGCAUGAACGCUUUCUUCUUCAUCAUGCUUCUGAGCACAAUUUGCGGAGGCUACUUCUACUUUGGAACCUAAAAUUGCAUAUAGAAAGAAUAGCUUUCUUCUAUAUUUUCAAAAUUGGAUGAUUUUUAUAGU